AUGAAGUUCCUGGAGUUGCUUGCGCCCGCCGCUGGGCUUGUAUCCCUCGCCUACGCUGGGGAGACUGAUGUCAACACCAUCUACACCACGGUUGUGACCACGGCGUACGAGACGUACUGCCCUUCGCCCACAACCUUUGUCCACCACAACGUCACUUACACCGCAACCUCAGCCACCACUCUUACCAUCACCAACUGCCCCUGCACAAUCACCACUCACCGCCCGCCCCCGUACACAACCACUAAGACCAUUCACCCUCCUCCUCACCCGUCGGUCAACUCCACCUUCGUGACCACCGUCACAAGAACCCCCAAGCCACCCAAGCCGACGUACCACAACACCACCUCUAUCGAGCACACCCCCCAGCCCCCGAAGCCAUCCAAGCCUCCUCACCACAACGGCACCACUACCACCGUCAUCGUCGUCACCCCGCCCGCGGAGACGACGAUCGCUCACACCUCGCCCGUCACACUCACCUCGCCGCACAACCCGCCCACCAAGACGCCCGUGAGCCCCUCGACCACUCGCCCCGUCACCGUCGACGGCAGCGGCGCCGAAAAGCUAGGCGCGGGCAUCGCGGCCGUCAUGGUCGCGGGCUUCGUUGCUCUGCUUGUUUAA